UAGCGAAUACUCACAUGACAUACACACACACUCCCCUUGUAAUUCUUGUCCGUAUACUGUUGUGAACAUCGUUUCUUCAUUUACUUUGCAACUGUGGUCAUACAGGCAGGCUUCAAUAUGAUGUCUGAAAUAUCUUUUAACAUUGACCACGGCUACUUGGAAGGCCUGGUCCGUGGUUUCAAAGGUGGCAUACUUAAGCAAUCCGACUACGUGAACUUGGUUCAGUGUGAAACAUUGGAAGAUUUAAAACUCCAUCUCCAAAGUACUGACUAUGGUAACUUCUUGGCAAAUGAACCAAGUCCUCUAACAGUGAAUGUGAUUGAUGAACGCCUCCGAGAUAAGCUAGUCAUUGAGUUCCAACAUCUACGCAACCAUUCCCUAGAACCCUUGGCAACAUUCCUUGACUACAUCACGUACAGCUACAUGAUUGACAACAUCACUCUAUUAAUUACUGGUACUGUUCAUCAGCGACCAAUUUCUGAACUGAUUCCCAAGAGCCAUCCACUGGGAAGUUUUGAACAGAUGGAAGCCAUCCAUAUUGCUUCCACUCCAGCUGAACUCUACAAUGCUGUCUUGGUUGACACCCCUCUUGCACCAUAUUUCAUUGAUUGUAUUUCUGAACAAGAUCUUGAUGAAAUGAAUGUUGAAAUCAUAAGAAAUACUCUCUACAAGGCAUAUCUUGAAGACUUCUAUAACUUCUGUAAAGAACUUGGUGGUGCCACAGCUGAGGUUAUGUGUGAAGCUCUUGAAUUUGAAGCUGAUAGAAGAGCCUUUGUUAUUACCAUUAAUUCGUUUGGGACAGAGCUAACCAAAGAAGAUCGUGCUAAGUUGUAUCCACGUUUGGGUAAACUGUACCCUGAUGGCCUUAAUAUGCUAGGCAGAGCAGAUGAUUAUGAACAAGUACGAGCUGUUGCAGAUUAUUAUGCAGUAUACAAAGAAUUAUUUGAAGGAGUUGGAGUAAAUGCUGGUGAAAAAACUCUAGAAGAUCGUUUUUUUGAAUAUGAGGUGAAGCUGAUGAGGAAUGCCUUCAUGCAACAGUUCCAAUAUGGUGUCUUUUACUCUUUCUUGAAACUCAAAGAACAAGAGUGUCGCAACAUCAUCUGGAUUGCUGAAUGUGUAGCACAGCGCCACCGAGCCAAAAUCGACAGCUACAUACCCAUUUUCUGAAGUCAUUGUGAAUCUGUUGAAAUUUAGUUGAAGACCAACUGCUAACACUUUCUUUUUUUUUUAUAUCAUCUUGGAAUUUUUUUCUUUCUGUGCUUCCCAUCAAUCAGAUGAAAAUAUAAAAGUAAAUUUAAAAAAAAAAUGAGUAAAGUGGGAAGAAGGAAAAAACAAAAAGUAACAAACAAUAAAAGCAAAAUGAAAGGAAUCAAACCAUUAGAAUAGAAAGAUUUCACAUCAUUGUAGACUUCUGUAGCCAAAACUAGAGCUAUGCUGAAAUUGUCUGCUGUUUUACUGUUAUGUUCUUUGUUAUUGCUGAUUUUGUUUAUCUUUUCCUUUUUGCCUGUUUCUGCCAUUGCUCAUAGUUUUGAAUUAGCAAUUGGCGUGUAUUGUUAUUAUUGUUGUUGCAAGUACCAUAAGGUGGUACUAAAUUAUUGAUGAUACUUCUGCAAGCCAAGUAUGAUUUACAGUGGCAAUUGCUUUGUUUAAAUUCUAAAUGGUCUUAUGUGAAAAGAAUAGAAAACUAUAAAAAAGCAAAAACUUUAGUUCAUUGUGUCAUUUUACAUAGAUUUACUUUUGGUGCAUAAGUUUAGUGUAGAAUUAAAGAAUAACCUAAAUUUUGUUUAAGUAUUUGUUAGACCAUUUUUGGAAUGGAAAGGAUCAAAUAUCACAUGUUAAUUAGGAAAUAUUUUCCCUCACUAAAAAGUUCUCCGAACUAGGUUAUCUUAAUAUUUCUGCUUAAAACUUCGUUCCACAAAUGCCGAAGACUGUAGAGUUACCUCCCUUGUUAACCUUUCAGUAUUAAUCAAGUAUAUUAACAAAAAAAAAACCAAUUAUUUUUAGGUCUAGAUAUAAAAAUCUGUUGAUACAAUAGGUUUUGUAUUUGGUGAAUAUAAUUUCGUGUUUUCAUACAGUUCUUAUUUAUUUUGGUGCUUUUUAUUUGGCUUUUUUUUAGUCAUUUUAACUUAAACAUUCCUUUGAUAUUUUUUUAUAAACUAGUUGUAAAUUAUAUUAUUCUAAUGUAAUGAUGUAUGACUAAUUUUAAUAUCAUUAAUUUUAAAAUUGAAAUAACAAAAGCUGGUGUGUCAUAAUAGAACCCUAGCAUUGAUGAUAUUACCAAAGUUAAUUCUAAUUUUGUUGAUAGCUACAGAAAUAUAUAUAUGAUACUAUAAACAUGGCUGAUUCUAUCUACAACAAAUUUGUACAGUUGCAGAGUUAGCCAUUUGGCUGCAAUUAUUUCAGCACGGUGUACGUUAUUGGUGUGAAAAACAAAAGUUGUGUAUCUAAAAUGUUAUUGGUCAUUACCAAUGCAUUGCUGGUCUUGGGAUAUAUAAUUGUAUUUUGUUGAUCUGUGAUUUUUAUCAUCUUGAUAUGAUAGUCUUGUUGAUAUUUAGAGACAAAUGAAGAGGAUUCAUUGUAACAUUUCCUCAUCAUUAUCUAAAAAAAUCAGCAUUCCUGGAAAAAAAUAACUUGAAUCUUUAAUACAUUCAUCAAAGAAACUUAAUCAUGACAUGCUUUGAGAACAAUUUUCGUCUGACAACCAAAAGUUAGUUGUAUUUUUUUUUUCUGGUACUGAAUGAAAAUUUAUUGUAAAGAAAUAUCUUUAGAAACUAUUUCACUUCGUAACAAAUCCAAAUAACUUUGCAGCUGUUUGGUAUUUGUAAACAAUAUUUGUUGGGGUGAUAAAAAUUGGACCUUAAAACUGUCAGACUGGUUGUUCUAGUUGCAAACUUUAAAACCACAUUGAAAAGCUUUUGACUAAAAUUGUUCUGGAAAUGUGUCUAUUCAACAUCUGUUAAAGAUGCCUCUGAAAUGAUGCUGACUUGGCAGUGAAUAAUCUAAUUGGUUCUUUAAGAAAGUUGAUUUUGUCACCCCUUCAUGCUCAAUUGAAAUACUUAAAACUUUCUUCUGAGUAUUGGAUUAUAUAUUAAAGUUUUUUGAGGGUGUGUGUGUCUAUUUGUUAAAUUUAAAGAAUUAAAGUUAUCUUUCUGUUUGCAGAAAGUUGUUAUAAAAUUCAAAGUCAUUUAUUUUAUUUUUUAAAUACUUUUUGUGUUCAUAGUAUGGAAAGAAGUUCAGAAAAUCAAUAGUGUGAAGUAGACUUGUUGGAACUAGGGAGUUGUUUUGUAAAAUAAAAUAUCAAAACUUAUAAACUA